AGCGGCUUCUAGAGGCGCAUAAAACCUUUGGAGAGUUACAGAGAGUUCCAUUUAGUGUUAGAGACAUAAACACACAGAGACAGUGAUGGACGAGCAUCAAGACGAGGCGCUGCUUCAGCGCGUGCCAAGCCAGGAGACCCUCGUGAACCGCGGAAGGGGCGCCAAUAGAAAGGCACUGAAGGUGGCCGGACUGACGGUUCUGGCCUGUCUGCUGCUGGCGGGACAGGCGCUCACCGCAUACCUUGUCUGGGGUCAGAAGGAACACAUCAGUGCUCUGACCACUGGCCAGGAGAAGCUGAAGGCAGAGCUCACCAGAAAGAUGUCCGGUGCUCCUCCAAAGGCCAUGCAUCUUCCCAUGAACAGCCUGCCUCUCCUGAAGGGCUUCCCUGACGAGUCCUCUGACCAGACCUCCAGCAAGAAGAGCAGCGUUCCUCUCACUAAACUGCGACCAAUUUUCACAAACCAGAGAGAGGGCAGUGGACAGGAUGCUUCCAGACUGAUGCCGAAGCAGAUGCAGCUGCCGAUGAGGAGCCAGCCACUGCUGAUGGAUGUGGACGAGGAGGUGAAGAGCUCUCCUGAAUCAGCUGUCGAGGUUCAGGGUAAGUGUCAGCUGGAGUCUCAGAAGGAGGUGAAACCUGGGUUCUUCAAGCCUCAGUGUGAUGAGCAGGGUAACUAUCUGCCCAGGCAGUGCUGGCACAGCACCGGAUACUGCUGGUGUGUGGAUAAAGACGGCAACGAGAUCCCAGACACACGCAUUCGUGGAGGCCCACUCCCCCAGUGCAGCUAAGGUGCCAGCGGACUUCACAAUCAAUGAAUU